GCUGAGAUCGCGGCGCACCGCAGUACAACGUUGACGUUUCGUGGGACGUUCAUCCCUUCUUGGUGCGGACUGGUGGAGGCGGUCCGAGCUCGGCGCUUGGUGUACGAGUGACCUAAAGUGCAGCAGCGGCAUCAUCUGCUUCUGCAGCAGCAUCUGCUGUGCCGUGUGUCUGCAAACAGAUUUCCUGUGUUUUUGUGUGGCCACAGAAAGUGGGCUUUUCCCGGUGGUGUCCGAAAAAGAGUAGCCGGUGAUCUCACACUAUCGCUUGCCGUUCGAAUUCUCCUUCCGGAAGCGCGCUGUGUCCUGGUUUGAGCCGAUAAGAAGCUCAACCAGCCAGAGCUCGACGGAGUUGAGUACUAGUGCUCGCUAGUGCCUUGAGAGAGCGAGAGCAGCAACCAGUAGAAGAAGAACGUUAUGCUCCAGCCCCAAUGUGCCGGGGUGGCAGCAUCUCCGUGAACUACGGCCAGUCGCCAGUCGUUUCGAAACGCUCCCGGGGGCGUGAAGUGAUCGUGGAUCGUAGACAGUGGAGCUAGAGACAGGAAGGAGCAGCUGGAGUGGUGCUCGAUUCAGUGAAUUCAAAUAAAACAGUGUCGUGAGGUGUGUGCUGGACGGUAUACCGUCCUGUGUCUCCCGCCCCCAACCCCAUAAGCCAAAGUUUGUUGCAACUAGACAAAGAUGAGGCCGAGGAUCGGAACGAGCCUCGCCAUCGUGCUAGUGUGCUGUGCAUUGAGUGCAGUGAGUGCGAACGAGAAUACACACUACAGCCCACCGCUGGAAUGCAUCGAUCGGUACGGACGGCCACAGCGCUGUAUACCGGAGUUUGAGAAUGCGGCCUACCAGCUGGAGGUGGAGGCAACCAACACGUGCGGCCAGGACAGCGAUACGGACUUUUGCGUUCAGACCGGCUACUCGAACCGGAAGAGCUGCGAUGUGUGCCGUGCCGGUGAACAUUCGCCGAUCUACCUCACCGAUUACCACGAGCAGAACAAAGCGACCUGGUGGCAGUCGGAAACGAUGUUCGAGGGCGUACAGUACCCGAACCAGGUCAACCUGACGCUGAAACUUGGCAAAUCGUUCGACAUCACCUUCAUCCGGUUGGUGUUCCAUUCACCGCGGCCCGAAUCGUUCGCCAUCUACAAGCGUGUCACACCGAACGGACCCUGGAUCCCGUACCAGUACUACAGUGCGACCUGCCGCGAUACCUACGGCCUCCCGGAUUCGGUUUCGGUGAUGAGCGGUGAAGAUGAGUCGCGGGCACUGUGCACCAGCGAGUACAGCGAUAUCUCACCGUUGCGCGAUGGUAACAUUGCGUUUUCGUCACUCGAGGGUCGCCCGUCGGCCAUCAACUUCGACCACAAUCCGGAACUGCAGCAGUGGGUGACGGCCACCGACAUCCGGAUCACGCUCGAUCGGCUCAACACGUUCGGUGACGAGGUGUUUGGUGAUGCGCAGGUCCUGAAGUCGUACUUUUACGCGAUUGCCGACAUCACGGUUGGUGCGCGGUGCAAGUGCAACGGGCAUGCGAGCGAGUGCACGACCAGCACGGGACUGGAGGGCCAACGGACGCGCGUCUGCAAGUGUAUGCACUUCACCGACGGACCGGACUGUGACCGGUGUUUGCCGUUCUACAACGAUGCACCGUGGGGCCGAGCCACGUCGAAGAAUGUGCACGAGUGUAAACCCUGCAACUGUAACGGUUACUCCACGAAGUGCUUCUUCGAUCGCCAUCUGUACAACCUGACCGGCCACGGUGGCCACUGUAUGGACUGUGGUGCGAACCGUGAUGGGCCGAACUGCGAGCGGUGCAAGGAGAACUUCUUCAUGCGCGACGACGGGUACUGCAUCAACUGCGCUUGCGAUCCGGUCGGUUCACGGUCGCUCCAGUGUAAUGCCGAGGGACGGUGCCAGUGUAAACCGGGCGUCACCGGCGAUAAGUGCGAUCGGUGUGACAGUAACUACUACAGCUUUGGGCCACACGGUUGCCAGCCGUGUAAUUGCGAUGUGCGUGGUUCGCGGGACAACACGCCAUCGUGCGAUCCGGUAACGGGCGCCUGUGACUGUAAGGAGAACGUCGAGGGACGCCACUGUCGGGAGUGCCGGCUUGGGUACUUUAAUCUGGAUGCGGAGAACAAGUUCGGUUGUACACCGUGCUUCUGUUACGGCCAUACGCUCGAGUGUACGAGCGCCAACGGGUACUCGAUCACUUCGACGACGUCGAGCUUCAACAAGCACAAGGAAAAGUGGACCGCAGUCACGGAUACGGGCGUGUCGGUGGACGUGAAGUACAACACGCACAGCCAAUCGAUCGGUGUCGGUGCGAAUGGGUACCGGACGGUGUACUUCCUAGCGCCGGAUCGUUUCCUCGGUGAUCAGCGAGCGUCGUACAAUCGGUUGCUCAAGUUCCGGUUGCAGCUGGUCGGGCAACAGCGCGUUGACGUCAGCCCGUACGAUGUGGUGCUGGAGAGUGGCAACAGCAGCAUCUCGCUACCGAUCUUCGCCCAGAACCAGCGGAUGCCGAGUGAGGAAUCGCACGAGUUUGCGUUCCGGUUGCACGAAAAUCCGGACUACACCUGGACACCGUCGAAUUCGGCUCGGGGUUUUAUGUCGAUCCUGAGUAACCUGACGGCGAUCAAGAUUCGGGCGAUCUACAGUGAUUACGGGGAGGCGGUGCUGGAUGAUGUGGAGUUGCAGACGGCACACCGGGGGGCUGCGGGACGUCCGGCGACCUGGAUCGAGCAGUGUACCUGCCCGGUUGGGUAUUUGGGACAGUUCUGUGAAUCGUGCGCCCCUGGUUAUCGUCACAAUCCGGCCCGGGGUGGCCCAUUUAUGCCGUGCAUUCCGUGCGAUUGUAACAAGCAUGCCGAGAUCUGCGAUUCGGAGACGGGACUGUGCAUCUGUCAGCACAAUACGGCCGGUGAGACGUGCGACAAGUGUGCCAAGGGAUACUACGGGAAUGCGCUGGGUGGUACGCCGUACGAUUGUAAGCGUUGUCCGUGCCCGAACAACGGGGCUUGCAUGCAGAUGGCGGGCGAUACGGUCAUCUGUCUCGAGUGUCCGGUAGGAUACUUUGGAUCACGCUGUGAGCUCUGUUCCGAUGGAUACUACGGUGAUCCGACUGGUGUCCACGGUGCGGUACGUGUUUGCCAACCGUGCGACUGCAACGGCAACGUGGACCAGAAUGCGGUCGGCAACUGUAACCGGACGACGGGCGAGUGUCUCAAGUGUAUCCACAACACGGCCGGUCCGCACUGUGACCAGUGCUUGCCAGGUCACUUUGGCGAUCCGCUGGCAGAACCGCACGGUAGCUGCGAGGAGUGUAGCUGCUAUCCGCACGGUACCGAGCAGACGGAGAAGGGCAUCUCGAUCUGUGACUCGAUCAACGGUGACUGUCACUGCAAACCGAACGUCGUGGGACGCAUCUGUAACGAGUGCAAGAACGGCUACUGGAACAUUGUGUCCGGCAAUGGGUGCGAGAGCUGCAACUGCGAUCCGAUCGGUAGCUUCAACGCGUCCUGUGACAUCUUCAACGGCGAGUGCUUCUGCAAACCGGGCGUGGUCGGCAAGAAAUGCGACAAGUGUGCGGCCGCUCACUACGGCUUCUCGGACGAGGGAUGCCGUGCUUGCGAGUGUGAUCCGAGCGGAUCAAAGGGUACACAGUGCGACCAGUACGGGCAGUGUCCGUGUAAUGAGAAUGUGGAGGGCCGUCGGUGCGAUCGGUGCAAGGAGAACAAGUACGAUCGCCACCAGGGAUGUCUGGACUGUCCGGCGUGCUACAAUCUGGUGCAGGACGCAGCGAACGAGCACCGCGAGAAGCUGGGCCGGUUGACGAGCAUCCUGAACGACAUCCAAUCGAAACCGAUCGUCAUCGAUGACAGUGAGUUCGCGGGUAAGCUACACGCGGUACAGGAGAAGAUCGAUAUUUUGCUCGAGGACGCCAAAAGUGGAUCGGGCGGUGGUGAGAAGACGCUGAAUGAGAUGCUGGAAGAUCUGGAGGAGCGGUUGGUGGAGGUGCAGAAGCUACUGGACAACGCGGAUCAAUCGCUCGAGGUGACGAACCGAAAGAUCGGCCAGGGUGGCCAUAAUGCGACGCUGGCGAACGGAAAGAUCCAAGACGCACGGCGUCAGCUGGACGAUGCGGUUGAGUUGUUACAAACCGAGGGUAAUACGGCACUGGGAAGGGCACGCGAAAUCUCCGGCCAUCUCGGUAAUCAGACGAACCAGAUCAGUGGCAUUUCGCGUGAGGCACGCCAGUACGCCGAUCGGUUUAAGGCCGAAGCCGACGCAAACAUGAAGCAAGCGCAGGAAGCGCAAGAGAAAGCGUUGGAAGCGCUGAAGAAAGCAAAUAACGCGAUCGUUCAACAAUCGAACGUGACGAAGGAACUGGCCGCCACGGUUACGACGGAGAUUGCGCAGGUUCGCAACAAACUGAACGCGGUAUCGAAGCUAACCGAUCAGGCACUGACGAGAGCCCGGGAGGUUAAUGAUGAAGCACUGACCCUGUUUGCGGCUGUUAAUCGCACCACCCCACCGAAUAUUGACAUUAAUCAGAUCAAGAAGGAGGCGGCAGCGUACAAUCGGGAGGCGGAUCGAUUGGCCGAGGAACUGAACAGUAAGAUCGAUGGAAAUUCGAAGCUACUAAACAACGUGGUGGAAAAUAUUCAGCUUGCUGAAGCGUUAUUGAGCAGAGCGGAAAUUCAAAAGGAAGAAGCCGUCACGGCACUGAAGCAGCUGCAGUACGCCAAGGAGCUGGCGGAGAAGGCAGUGGCCGAGGGUGAUGGUACGCUGCGGAAGGCAAACUACACGUACCACACGCUGGCCGGGUUCAAGAAUCAGGUCGAGGAAUCGUCGAAACGUGCAAAUGAUGCGCUCGCCCUCGUGCCCAACAUCGAACGCCAGAUGCAAGUUUCGCUCGAGCUGCUGGAAGCUGCCGAAGGGGCCCUGUUAGCGGCAAGCCGCAAUGCCGAGGAUGCGCGCAAGAACGCACAGGUAGCGCAGGACAAGUACGCCGAAGAGGCGUCCAAGCUGGCCGAAAGCAUUAAGAAGCGAGCGAACGCGACGAAGAACACGGCCCGCGAUCUGCACCACGAGGCGGACCAACUAAAUGGGCGGCUGGCCAAGACGGACAAUCGGUUGGAGGAGCGUGAGGCGCAGGUGCGCAAGGAUCUGAACCUAACCAACGAGGCGAAGGAGAAGGUUGGCCAGGCGCAGCUCAACUCGAACGAAGCGAAGCUGCAGGUGGACAAGGCACUCAAGGAGGUCAACUUGAUCAUGUCCGAGCUCGCUAAUUUGCGCGAAAUCGAUGUCAACAGCUUAGACGAUCUAGAGCGUCGCCUGAGCACCGCCGAGAAGGAGCUGGAAGAUGCGCAGCUCACCAGACGGUUGGCCACGCUGACCGAGGCUAAGAACGUGCAGAACCAGAACAUCAAGAGCUAUCAGCGCGAGCUGGCCGAGCUGCGGCUCGAGGUGGACAACAUCGAGCUGAUCGCCAAAUCACUGCCCGAUGGAUGCUUCAAGCGUACGCACUUGGAACCGUAAAGCCGUGGUAUUAGAGUGCCGCGGAAGGACACAGCCCCAACAAAAAACCGGCCUCCCAGCAACACGGAGGUACCGGAACGAUGUGCCACAGUAAUGAAAAAAUCCAAGAGCCAGAGCCAGUGCGCGCGCGCCCAGCGCUGCUUAUCGGCCAAUAACUCUAAUCUUAGUCUAAUCCUACCUUUUACCGUACCGCUCCGUUACUAAUAUUCAUCAUCAGCACGCGAGUUGAUCCACAGCUCCGUUUGGGGGGGGUGAAGCGCGCAUUACGCCUGCCAAUUACACAACACAAACACACGCGCGCGCGCGAGAGAGGACACACGAAGGCACACACGGAACACAGGUUCAUUAAAAGUGUUCGCACUACUUUGCACUUGCACUGCGGACACUUCUUUAUGGAACGUAAAUUGUAACUCCACUGGCGCUGGCGGGUUGUGCACAGCGUCUUACAUUUUCCUAGCGUUGCUAUGAUCCUUGGCGACGAUUAGAAACCACCAUAGUUACGCCGAUGGUGCUAUGCAACGAUGCAACGAAAAGAAUAACUUGCGUUAGGUUUAGUAAUAUUUAAAUGAAUAAGCUUCCUAUCAGUACCGCUCUCACUGAACUAUUAACCUACUUUCCUAGCGGCCUGUGAGGCCUCACCUCGAUGAGACCCAAAACACGAACCUCCAUCCGGUCAUCGGUCUUUUCCCGGUGUCGAAUAGUGCCGCUGCUCUCUAUCCUCUUCUCUUCCUUUUAGACCUUAAUCCGUAAUUUACAAAGAGUGUGCGAUCCGUGUGCGAUCCGUGUGCGUCUGUACGUGUGUUUUGAGUGUUCAACUUAAGUCAUCUGCAUCUGAUUUCGGUGGGAACUGGAUGUGUGGGAGAAGCGGGAGAAUGUGUUACAAUAAAGAACCGAGAAAACCGAACUAAAA